GCCGGCGGGCCGACUAAGACAUCCCCGUGCCGCAGAUCAUGCUACGCGGCCGGAGCUUCUUUGAAGCUAUAUAUAGCAAAAUCACUAGGCCAGUCAUGGGCCACAUAGACCCCUCCGGUACCGAGGACCUGGGCCUGCUGGCGCGCCUGAUGUACGGCUACAUCCCGAGUAACGCGACUGUCCUCAGCUCAGCCGAGACUUUGUUUGUUAUGAAUGCCGGUCUGAUCCCCCAGGAUGUGAACCCCCAUUUGAUAAGGUAUCUGAAGGGUGCCCUCAAUGGCGGUGCCACGGUCGAGCAGGUCAGGGCGGUGCGUCAUGUCGUCCUUGAACUAUGCCAGGCGGCCGGAAUGAGGAUCCUGGACGCCAGCGCUCCCGCAGGAUUCGGUUGGAGGUAUUGUAGUGGUUGGCUGCUGCAUAAUUGGUUUAUCCCAACCAACUAUCAGCAUGGAAUUGAGUUGCCCUGUACACUGUACGGGAUACCGUCGCGGGAUACGAGAAUCGCGAUCGCCACGACCAAUGCGUUGCCCGAUCCAGCUAGGGUGACCCCGCAAGCUGGAUCAAUUACGCCGGAGCAUAAAGCCGAACAUGUCAGCCGUGAUGUUCGAGAGGAAAGCAGAGGACGAACCUCAGUUUCGGAGUGACGGUUAGAGGAUGUUGAGGGCACCUGGCAGGUCAGUAUGGCAAUGGAUUUUCGGGUUGGUUACUCCCUACCACGCAGAUAACGGAUACGGUGGUUGAAAGGGGCGUGGAA